AUGGCUGACCACGACCGUCGGAACCAUGGCCAUAGGGGUGGGCGCAAACGGCGCUACAGAGAGGAUGAUGAUUACGACCGGCGACAGCGACGCAGAUAUGAGGAACCUUUGGUUGUCAAAGUCCGCCGGCAACUUCUCACAAUCGCUGAAUCGGCAGCCAGAAGAGCAGAGGACGAUGCUCUGAGCAUUGCGAAGAAUGUCUCCGAGAACUAUGAGGAUGAGGAGCUAAGAGAUAACUUUAUUGACAUCUCUCUCGAUCUCAUUCUAGAACAACCGAUGAAGAUUCCUUUCAUUGCAACCACCGUUCUUACAGCCAACACCUUGAAAUCAGAGCUCGUGGCCGACGUCCUGAAACGCACUGCGGAACGUUUCCAGCACAAUGUCAAUGCUGGCGCUUGGCGCGAAGUCAAGCUACUUCUUCGGUUCUUGGGUUGUCUUCAGUGUAUAUUCGAUGGGGAUGGCGUUUUUACGAUCCUAGAGGAACUAUUUUCUCGUGCUGUAGACUUGCAAACAGCGUCUUCGGAAGAUUUGAUCGGGUUGGAGCUCGUGAAAAUCAUCCUUUACACUAUCCCGUACGUCAUGGCCUCCCCGGCGACCGGGUUUGAAAGUCACGCCCUUGGCCUCUUGGAGAAAACCGACAUCAUCGCUUCUACGCCGCACACGCUUGUGGACCUGGUAAACCCCUUUGGGCCCGAGUCCGACAAGUCAGCUUCCAUUCCGAGUGUUAUCAGCCUACUUCAGAGCCAGCUACAGGCAGAGUCCACGCGUGGUUGGGAGUUGACUUGUCUCCCUCGGCCAUGGAACAACGUAAGGGACGGCGAUGACGAGCCGAAGCGUCUUGAAGACGGACCGAAGCAUCCGUUCCCAGAUAUUACUGUACCGAAGCCCGUGCGAAACGGAUCGAGGGCGAUCUUCCCCGAGGUUUACUUGUCCGUCUAUGAAGACCAGGACAUUGAGACGGUGCCCCCAACAUCGGACAUCACUUCUUCUCUACUCAGGGACGCACUGGUCGAUACCAUCAAUAUCAUGGACUUUAAUCGCAUUGCGACAGCCAAGUUCCUGAUUGAUCUCGACUGCUACUUCACACCCAACAUCUUUGUGAAGCGUGCUACUCCUUUCGACAGACUGCGUGAUCUACCCGGUGAUCGCCCUACUUGGAAGCCCGAGGAUGUGGCCGUGGAUGCCGUUUUCUCACAGCUUUUCCAGCUGCCUUCACCGGAGCACAAACUCGUCUAUUACCACUCUGUUCUCACAGAAUGCUGCAAGAUCGCUCCGGCCGCGAUUGCCCCUAGCUUGGGCCGUGCUAUUCGCUUUUUAUAUCGCAGUCUCGACUCAAUUGAUCUGGAUCUGAGCCAUCGGUUCCUGGAUUGGUUCACACACCACUUGAGCAAUUUUGGUUUCACGUGGAAGUGGAGCGAAUGGGUUGACGAUUUGGAACUUCCUCUCGUGCAUCCUCGCAUGGCGUUCAUCACCGGCGCACUCGACAAGGAGAUCCGACUAAGUUUUGCGCAGCGCAUUCGUGGGACACUCCCGGACCCGUACCAGGAGCUCAUCUCAGAGGGCAAGGAGAAAGACACUCCUGACUUUAAAUACUCGUUAGACACGACACCCUAUGCGAACGAGGGCAGGGAGCUUAUGCAGCUCAUUCGCAGAAAAGCGGCUGACGAGGAGAUUCAGCCCCUCAUAACUGCCAUUGAAGAGCAGGCAACUUCACUAGGAGUCGAAAGUCCUAUCUUACCUUCAACAGAUGCAUUUGUCACUGCCAUAUGCUUCGUCGGGUCCAAGUCCCUUUCCCACGUCCUUUCCUGCAUUGAGCGCAACAAGGAUCGCCUCUUGGCAAUUGGACCCAAGUCCCCUGCCGCUCGUCGCCAGAUCAUUACCUCGGUCAUGGAGUACUGGGUUGAUCAGCCAGGCAUCGGCAUCAACAUCAUCGACAAACUCCUCAAUUACACAAUCAUUACACCCCUCUCCGUCAUCGAAUGGGCGCUGGUCGACAAACUCGAGGCUGGCGCGAUCCUCGCGAAGACGCACGUCUUUGAGAUGAUAUCCGCAACCGUCGGAAAAGUCACCAACCGCCUCCGCCAGAUCGUGGCCGCACGCACCCAACCCGGUCUCUAUGAGCCCCAACUCAGCGUCCUUGACGAAACACUCACUCGCGAGAAAAAGGACAUGCAUUCGCUCUUCCAGGUGAUUGAGGACUCUGUCGUCUCCGUCGCCGGCGGCAGCAACGACCAACUGAUGGAGCGCGGCGAUGGUAGCGGCGACCUACCCGAGGACGAAAUCAUCCGGCAAUGGGGUAAGCGCUGGCUCCGUGUGUUCCGUCGCAAGGCCGCCGUCGAGGAAGCUUACAUCACUGAUGCCAUGGCCAACGCGACCCCUGUGGGGACCAAAGCGCCUACGCCUCCUCCUGCCCCGGUCGAGGAGAGCACUCCCGCUGACGCUCUGGGCGAUGGAGACUUGGAUGUUGCCGAUGCGGAUGCAGAUGGGACUGCCGAUGAUAUCUUGUGA